AUGAAGCGUGCAUCAGCGCAGACUGCUUGGUCAAAACGUCGAAAGCAGAUGCUACAGGAACAAAAAGGCAAGACAUUCGAGAGUACAACAGAAGGGAUGAGAUUGGCAGAAUCACCAUCUAUAGCAAUUCCUGAAGCUUUACAACAACCUAUAAGACUUUCUGCAAGUGCUGCGAAAGGUGCCGCGCGAUUGAAACGAAAUGCUUCUAGUAGAGUUGCUGCUGUUGAUAUUCUAGGUGCUGCUGCUAGGAUUGGUACUGCUUAUACUCAAGCUUCAAUUGUUGUUGAUGCUGCCGAUACUGCUGGUAUUACUGAUACUUCUGGAGGUAUUACACAUGGAGUUGAUGAAGAUUCUGGUGAAGUGGUUGAUACUACCGGGAUGAAUGUUGGAUGUAAAGGAGAUAUUUGUUUUAGAGAGGAUUAUGGGGUUAUGUAUUAUCAAGAGAUGGGGUUGGUGUUAAGCUUAUCAGGCUGGAUUGGAAUAUUAUUUUAA